GCGCGUACGAAAACCCCUAUGUCUCGCGCUCAACGAUGUUCUUUAGCUCUGUUGGAUCUCUAUACUACUUUAGUAUUCUUUAAAGUUGUAGCCUGUGGGAGCCAAAGUAAAGUGAACAGCGCAUUCACUAAACACCGCAGGGGUGGCAUAGAGAGGUUUUCUGUCACCGGAAGUUACUCCGCGUGUUAUCUCAGCACGAGUGCAUCUGACCGCUGUCAAUGCGAGGGAAAUUCGUGAUCAUUGUUCAGUUGACUGCACCUAAGAGGUCGAUUAUUGAAUUCGUCAAAGUGUGGACAAUCAACAACUUCGUAAGCGACCUAAAUUACCCCUCGACACUUCCUAGAAUUCGCAAAACGAUUUUGGAAAUCGAAUUGUUGCGCCGUGUAAUCUAUGUUCAGGAACAGAGUUUUUCCAGAUUGACGAACGCCGCUGCCGAAUAUUUCACUGGAUUGUGACUUCGUUAUUGGACUUAACCUCGCUGAGGAAGAAAUCAAGAGGGCUAAGAUCAAGAAAGGGAGGAAACCGCUCGCUUUAAGAUGCUGCUGUGGUCAAAAGCCUUGGUUUUUGCCUCGAUCUUCAUCGUAAUGACAAAGGAAGUGAAGUCCUGCCCGGUUCCUAACAUCCGCAGCAAGAGGGGAAACGAGAAAAAGAUUGUUGACGUCAUCGCAGGAAACGAUGUUCGACUUACUUGCCAGGUUAAAGAAAAUGGCGUAAUUACGUCUUGGCUAAUGAAUAACAAGACAAUUAGUCCAUCGGACCAUCCGCGGAUGAGACUCAAAUUGAACAAAUACUUAAAGAUAAAGAGCGUUCAAAAAGACGAUGCUGGAUUCUACACGUGUGUAGCUGAGAAUAACUGCGGAAGAAACACCUACACAAUGCAGCUUUUUGUCGGAAGUCCAACGAAAGACCCAAAUCGAAAUUCAACGCCUGCUGCUCCAAAAUUCACGGUACCAGCGGAUAAACUAUCGCGCAGCCUACUCGCAUUACCAGUCGGCAAUUCAGUGAAGCUAGACUGUUCUGCUGAUGGGCACCCCCGUCCUACCGUGAAAUGGUAUAAAGACGGGGCGCAGUUUCUGGAGAGAAAAGGUGGAAGCAGAAUCUACUUGGGUCGGUUUACUCUCUUGCUAAACAUGAAGGACUUAGUACCGACUGACACUGGGAAGUACACCUGUAAUGUGAGCAACGCGUAUGGAUGGAUCAACCAUACUUAUUUUGUGGAUGUUCACGAACGAGCUCGUGCUGAGCCAGUGGUCUUGCCGAUGGAUAACGUCACAGUUUAUGAGGGCGAAAACGCCACAUUGUUGUGCAAAGCGUUAAGUGAUUCUAUGCCUCAUUUCCAGUGGCUGCGAUGGCAUUCAUCUCCUUCAAACGGUACGACCAACAGUACAAUCGAACAUCCACACUACGAAGUAAUCAAACAGAACGCACAAGAUUCAAACGAACAUUUAGUUUCGCCACCAACCAACAACAAGUUUGAUUUCCAUGGAGUGAAGCUGACUUUGGUUAAUGCAACAAAGAAGGACGAAGGAAAAUACACUUGCAUCGUGGGAAAUGCUGUGGGUUACGCCGUGGAGUUGGCCUACAUCAUUGUUCGUGAUCGGCCUGAAACAACAACGUCGCCACCGGUGAUCACAGACAACGUUUUAAGCAAUGUCACCCGUCCCCCCAACAAGAACUACGUUAGAACAUUAGGAGUCAGUGCCUUGUCAGCGCCAAAAAAGACAAUUUAUAUUGUGUUGUUCGUAGCUGCUGCCGUUGUGGUUGUACUGAUUCUUGGAGCGGUCAUGUUCUACUGCCGUCGCAAGCUACAGUUUUCGAAAGGAGCUGGAUAUGGCGUCGUUACCAGCGCUAAACCAAACGAGCCCGCAGUCCAAUAUAGGACGCAUGCUCCAUCGAUAGGUUCCUCUUCUUCUUACGGAUCCACGGUUCCUCUGUUACGUCAGCGGAGUCUGCGUUCUAGACUGGGUUCCAAUCUUACGCAGGUGUCAGAAGUAGACAUGCCAUUGGACGAAAAAUGGGAAAUUGACAGAGAACACAUUAUUUUGUCAGGGCUUCUCGGAGAAGGUGCUUUUGGCAAGGUCAUGAAGGCUGAAGCCAUAGGAUUACCUAACAUGCCUAGUUACAGAUUCGAAGUUGCAGUGAAAAUGCUAAAAGAGGACGCCACAGAUCACGAACUUGCAGAUCUUGUCUCAGAAAUGGAAGUGAUGAAAACUAUUGGAAAACACAAGAACAUUAUCAAUCUCAUAGGAGCCUGCACGCAGGGAGGGCCGCUGUUUGUUGUUGUCGAGUACGCGCCAAAUGGUAACUUGAGGCAAUUUUUGAAAGACAGAAGGCCGACUAGGGAAUACACGACAACUCUUACUCUCAAGGAUCUAGUAUCUUUCGUCUAUCAGGUUGCGAGAGGAAUGGAGUACCUUUCUUCGAAGAAGUGCAUUCAUCGCGAUCUUGCGGCCAGAAACAUUUUGGUUGGAGAUGAUAAUACCAUGAAGAUUGCAGACUUUGGUCUGGCACGGGACGUGCAUCAAGUCGAUUACUACAGGAAAACAACAGAUGGUCGUCUUCCAGUGAAGUGGAUGGCUCUUGAAGCUCUUUUUGAUCGCGUCUACACAACUCAGAGUGAUGUGUGGGCUUUUGGAAUUCUUGUAUGGGAAAUAGUUACUUUCGGUGGGUCACCCUAUCCUGGCGUACCUUUGGAGAGCCUAUUCGAACUUUUAAAAUCUGGAUUCAGAAUGGAACAACCAUUAAACUGUCCUGAAAAUAUGUACGAAAUUAUGUUAAAAUGCUGGCAAGAUUCGCCGACACGGAGGCCAACGUUUGAAGAGCUAGUUCAGGAAUUCGACGCCAUGUUGGUGUCCCUGUCAGACAAGGAAUAUCUUGAUCUGGAUGCAUUGGAACCACAAACACCCACGUCUUCAGAACCGCCUUCAACGCCACGAAAUUCAUUAGGAACUGAACAUGACACAGACAAUGAUGACAGAGAUAUUGACAAUGUGUUCGUUGACAAUACCAACGAUAUCUUGGAAUCGCGUGAGAAUGAACUUCCAGCUCGGACAAAAGAAUCAGAGAACCUGGACACGACAAUACCAUUAACUCAAAAUGGACAUCAUAAGGACACAACAUGCGCGCUUCCUAAGUCGAGUUCUGACAUGGAAGGCGAUAAAAGACAAACGCGUGUCGUUACUUAUCGUUCACCCAUACACAGCGACGUGUGAACGCAAGUGGUCUGAAGUAAUAGUGGAGUCACGCGAACCGGAGUCACGCGAAUAAUCAUAGUCACGCGAUCCUGAUCUAUGGUUCUCGCACAAGUAUUUUGCGGGUUGUGCACAAAUAUGGAAACAAAGUAUUCAAGGACUGUAACACGAAGACUAUCCGAAAAGAUCCUCUCAGUGAUGUACUGUACAACAAGCCAGCAUAGAUAUUGUUCGAAAAUAUACUGAAAAUUAGUCAACUACGAUAAUAAACCGAGUUAAAACGAAAAACAUUCUUCUAACUAACGCAGAAAUGUUAAUCAAUUGCCCAUUUCCGAGUCGCCUUAAGCCGCAGUAUCAAAACGAGUCUACGUGCGAAACCAUUCACAUGAAAAUGCGUUUGGCCUACAGCUUCAUUUUCAUGCAAAUCAAACUAAUUUUCAAAUGAAAGGUUUUGCAAGAAGACUCGUUUUGAAAUAGAGGCAAAAGGUAACUCAGAAAUGGCGUAUUUCUGCAGUGUUGGAAAAACAUUAUACCGAGUUACUUGAGAGAUGGUUAAAGUGCUUUUAAAAUGUGGAGUCUGCAAAAGGCGAAGGAAAAGCUGAAAAGAAGAAAUAACUGAUGCUUUUGUACAGAGGGCUGAAACAUUAGUGUCUUUCUUCUACAAAUAAGGAGAAUAAGCACUGACAAAUAGAUCUAUUAUAUCGAAUAUAUUAAAUAAAUUUACUUUUAUAGACAAG